AUGGAUCUUCUAGCUGUACUUCCUGAUUUCGCGACGAGAUCAUAUGCGCAUAUUCUUCCCCCGCUCGAGCGAAGCAAAAUCACCACAGUCGACCUCAUCACUUUGGACACGCUCGAAGUCGCGAAACGCGCCCAUGUGCCCCCCGCAGACGUCCGGCGGCUCUCCGCCCAGAUUAUCGAGGCGUUGCACGCCGACCUCGGCUUCGAGAAGAACCGGACAGACAUAGGCACAUUUUCGGAGGAUGAGCCUAGCUCGAGCAUUAAUUUGGACACGAUAGCCGUCAAACCCGGACCCGCCACGAAGCUCCAGGGGUCGCGAUGGAAUAUGAUCAGCACCCUGGACCCCGCAAUGGAUGCGCUCCUGGGAGGUGGAAUACCGACGGGGUAUGUGACGGAGGUAACAGGAGAGAGUGGUAGCGGCAAGACCCAAUUCCUCCUCAGCCUCCUUCUCGCAGCUCAAUUGGCCGAACGAAACGGUCUACAGCAAUGCGCUUUGUACAUUUCGACUGAACAUCCGCUCGCAACGAAUCGCCUCUCCCAGCUGCUCGAAUGCCAUCCGUAUCUAUCUAGCCUGCCCGCCGACAAGGCCCCGUCCCUCGAGAACGUCAUAUCCAUGCCCGUCAUGAUGGACUUGGAGACUCAAGAUCAUGUCCUCAACUAUCAGCUCCCGGUUGCUAUAGCGAACUACAAUAUUGGCCUGGUCAUCAUUGACUCUAUCACAUCCAACUAUCGUGCGGAACACUCCUCAAACAACAUACUCGCCAUAUCUACGCGAUCCAGCGAGCUUGCAAAGCUCGGACAACUGUUGCGCAAUCUUGCCGCAAAGGAAGACAUUGCCAUUGUAUUGGCGAACCAAGUCUCAGACAGGUUUGAACCCGUGGAGGGUAUUGGUGCUGAUCCCGCUCAGCGGUUAGGCUUUCCAUCUGUGCUGAGCCAAAGCGCUGUGGUGCGCGAGGCCGGUGCUGCAUCACCAUUGUCGAGGAACAGAUCGGACAACACAGACCAGCAGUCUCAAUAUAGCCACGUUCCCUCCUCAUCUCCGGCUGUUCCGUCAUCUCCUCAUCCUGCCCCUGAAGAUGAGAAGUUUGACGGCUCAUAUAUAAUUGAGAACCCGGCUCGGAAUAGCAUAUUGAGUUUGUCACACCAGGAACGAUUCUUCACUGGCUGGGGAGAUGGCUCUCACUUUGAAAAAAACCUUAAGACCCCGGCGCUUGGAUACUUCUGGUCAACACAGAUUGCCUGUCGCAUUGCGCUGAAGAAGGAGGAAAGACGCCCAGUAGCCGUGUCUUGGGAGGGUGGUGGUGCCUACCCUGCUUCUACUUCCGUUUCCAAAGAACAAGGCGAUUUCCAAGACAACAGCGAGGCGGCAGAACUGCCGCAGCCCAGAACGGUUAUAUCAUCAGCCCGAGAAGCCCAUACGGCGGAAGCUGAAGCGGAAUAUAAAAUGACGAACGAGGAGAACCAGACCUCAGAUCAACCCAAGAAAGAAGGUCCCUCGCCAAAGUCUAUGGGAUCCCCUCUACCGGAGUAUAUCACACGACGAACCAUGAAGCUCGUCUUUGCUCCUUGGAAAGUCGGUCCGAAAGAGUCCACCCAAGGCAAAACUCAGAAACGGGAACACGCUAUACGCGGAAUGAGCAAUGAGGUAGCUUUCGAGAUCUGGAAAGGGGGAUUACGGAGCAUCCAUGCUGAGGAGUGA